AUGAGACUGGCCAAGGUCACACAGCCGGCACUCUUUGUGCUUUUCAUCCUGGCCUACAUCCACAUUGCCUUCUCCCGAACACCUAUUAAUUGCUUGGAGCAUGUGAGAGACAAGUGGCCCAGAGAUGGUAUCCUUCGAGUAGAAAUUCAACAUAACUCCAGCCGAGCUCCGAUCUUUCUCCAGUUUUGUGAUGCAGAGAGCUUCCCAGGCAUGGUAAUAGAGACUGAAGAGGAAGAAGAAGAGGAAGAAGACGAUGAAAUGACAGUAGAGAUGUUUGAGAACAGCUCAGUCAAGUUUGAGCUGGACAUUGAACCAAAGGUGUUCCUGAAGCCUUCCCGGGUGAGCAAUCCUGAAACACUGAGUGAGAUGGCCAAGAACCAAAGCCAGGAGCUUUCCUUCACUGAGGCGACGACUAAAGGUAUGCAGCCUCUGAUCGAGACUGUGUCGGAAUUUGAGAUGCUAGCCAGAGCAGUAUGGCCCCAAGAAGAGUACAUAGUGGAAUAUUCCCUGGAGUAUGGAUUUUUGCGAUUGUCUCAGAGCACAAGGCAGCGCCUCAGCAUCCCAGUCAUGGUGGUGACCCUCGAUCCCACAAGAGACCAGUGCUUUGGAGACCGAUUUAGCCGUUUACUCCUGGAUGAAUUCUUGGGUUAUGAUGAUGUUUUAAUGUCCAGCGUGAAAGCCCUGGCAGAAAAUGAAGAAAACAAGGGUUUCCUGCGCAAUGUUGUAUCUGGGGAACAUUAUCGCUUUGUCAGCAUGUGGAUGGCCAGGACUUCCUACUUUGCUGCCUUUGUCAUUAUGGUCAUAUUCACUCUGUCCGUCUCAAUGCUCCUGCGGUAUUCACACCACCAGAUUUUUGUCUUCAUUGUGGACCUCCUACAGAUGUUGGAGAUGAACAUGACGAUUGCCUUCCCUGCGGCACCCUUGCUCACAGUUAUCUUGGCUCUUGUUGGUAUGGAAGCCAUCAUGUCUGAGUUCUUCAAUGACACCACAACAGCAUUCUACAUCAUUCUCAUCGUGUGGCUGGCUGACCAGUAUGAUGCCAUCUGCUGCCACACAAACACCAGUAAGAGGCACUGGCUGAGGUUCUUCUACUUGUACCACUUUGCCUUUUAUGCCUAUCACUACCGAUUCAAUGGCCAGUACAGCAGUUUGGCCCUGGUCACGUCUUGGCUCUUCAUCCAGCAUUCCAUGAUCUACUUUUUCCAUCACUUCGAGUUGCCAGCCAUCCUCCAACAGAUCCGCAUCCAGGAGAUGUUGUUGCAGAACCAGCAGAUUGGCCAGGGCACCCAGACAGCCCUGCAGGACAAUCUCAACAAUAACACAGCCACCACAGCUAUGGCUCCAGGGAGCCCCGGGCCCUCCCUGCAGAGUGGGAGCAACAACCAGCCAGCCCCUGGGGAUGGGCCUGGCCCUGCCUCUGCCUCUGUAGGGGGCGAACUGAACUGGAUGGCUGAGACAGCCACUAUCUUCACGGACCCUUCAUUCCUCUCUGAUUUGAGCGCCUCCCUUCUGGAGCAGAGAGCAGGACAUGGAACCCUAGCCAAUGGAAGUCCCCCCAGUGUCCCAGCUGCUACCACCUCCCCUGGCCUAGUGGCCCAAAUCCGAGUUAGUGAGAGCCCCGGGGUCACCACCAGCUCCAUCACCAUUGAGGUGACAUCAGCAACUCUGGUCACCCCCCAAGCAGAAAGUACAACCCCUGAGCCUCCCGCCUCCCCUCCUGCCCACACCACUGGCACCCUUGAGCCUCCCGCCUCCCCUCCUGCCCACACCGCUGGCACCCCUGAGCCUCCCACCUCCCCUCCUGCCCACACCACUGGCACCCCUGAGCCAGUUGCCCCCCUUGCUGAUCAGACUAGGGCUGGUUCACUCUCACUUGGUGGCCAGGACAUUGUUGAUGUCUCUGAGAGCAACCUCUCCGAGGUCCUUGCCCAAAGCCCCACCUCAGACAAGUGUGUGAGUGCAGAUCUCCAGGCCACACAGGAGAGCCAUCCCUGCUCCAAAGACAACGGUGCCCCCCCAAACAUGCUUUCAGAAGCAGAAUUCAGAAGCCCUUCUUGAGCACUUUUGCUGAUCCUCGAUAGGGCAGAGGGAAUCUCUCUGCUCCUGUCAAACACUGGCUCUUUUUCUUCCCCAACCAGAUUCAGAUGAAUUUUUAAAAUUAUUUUUAAAUCCACCGAGUGAAGGCUGCUUCAGAGAAAGCAACCUUCCAGAAGCACGGGCCUUACUUACCGGGGGCAGUUGUUCCCAGCUCUGUUUUCCCCCUGGGUCCCAUGGGAAGAUGUGUAACCUGGUCUCGGCAGUCUCCAGAACAGCUGGUUUCUUUGCCUAACUCCUGGCCUAAACCUGUGGGCUUCCCUGCACCACUAUCCUUGGAUUUCUUUCUCCUCUUCAAACUAUUCCUCCCCUCAUUGUCUGGGAGAUGUGCUCCUGCCUCCUUUUCUGGGGGGGCCAGGCCUUGUGGGAGCCCCGGAUAGCAUCUUCCCCAUCUCCUUGCUUUGUGCAAACAUGUCCCGUUCUGGUGAUUUUGCCUCUUUUCCCCUCCUAGAGCAAUGAAGCCUUCACCACCAGAGUACUUUUUUUCCCCUUUGACUGGAGGAGACAUGGAGGGAAACCUCUCUGUUUGGCCUCUGGAAAUUGUUUGAAUGGGGUUUUGUCCACUACCAAGUACUCACCGUAUUCUCAGUCCUCCAAGGCAGCAAGAGCUGGGGCCGUGGCGUGGGAUUUAGAAAAGUGCCAAGAGUGGGGAGAGGGAGCAGUUGGGAAGAUGCCUCGUGAAGGGAGCCAAAGCCUGUGUGGGGCAGGGUCCCUGGGCCCCCAUUCAGCACAUUCACUGGCCUGGUACAGAGCAGCCACAGUGUCUGCAAGGAAUUCCUUAGUUUUUGAAGGACCCAGGAAAGAGGUGGAGAGAAACAACCCCUCUUGCCCUCAUGCUUCAGAUUGGCCCCCUUCCCUCUAAAGCCAGGUGAAGAGCAAGUAGUGAUGGUGUUGGUUGGCAGGAGGUUUGGCUUCGGGGUGAGGAGCACAUGGCAAGCAGAAGGAUGGAGCAAAAGGCCCCCAGCUGGUGAAGUCCAGCCUUCAGCUGGCACUUCAGAGCCGCAGAAGAAACAGGAGGGAGGCCUUCGUCGUGAAAGCUCACUGGACUCUUCCCUGUCCAUCCCUUCCCAGGAGUCUCUGCUUGGUGCUUGGAGCUCAGUGCCUUCUCUUGAGCCUGGAGGAUUGCUUAUUCUCCCUGCCUCCUAGCCAUAGCCUGACUUUCCCAGCAACUCUUAGGGAAAAGGGCUGGGAGAAUCGCAUGGAGAGAGUGGCAAAUGCAGUAUGAGCCCAUGAUUCUGCCCAGUGGGAUGCAGUGUGGUGCCCAUAGGCCACUUCUUGCUCUUGGUUGGGGAGGGGGGCACCUGCUGUGCUCAGUGACUCAGGUGUUCCCCAUACAGAGUGGUUGCUUCCUGGAAACUAAAAGUGGACAGUUGAGAGGGAUGAUUGCCCUGUGCUGCUCGAGGAGUGUGUAUGGGCGUGGGUGGAUGGACAUGCAGAACUCUGGGGGAGCCGAGGGGAGAAGGCAGUCCCCAGAUGUGUAGAGCUGAGCAACACUCAUAAGCAACCUUGUUCAUGGAAGAUAGGAUUUGACUUUAGAUGGUCCCCACCCUGUACCCACUUGCCAAGCUGCACCUGGUGAGAUGUGAGAACCUGGGGGAAAGCUGAUGGUCCCCAGUUCAGGAAAUGGACUUGAACAGUCACUGGGUCCCAGCCCCCACCAGUCAAAAGGAAUGAAAGAUCUUGGGGAGUCGGGGCCAGUCUCUCAGCCCAGACCCCUCCUUUCGCUGCCACGAGCAGACUUGGACAUCUGGCUUGGUCUGCCUAGGCCAUCGGGCUAGUUUGGAAUGAUGAGCUGGAGGCUGAGUGAAUCAACCAAAUCACUUGGUGAGGAAUGAAGAAUAAAAAAAUUCAUUCCAUUCUAUUUAAUUGUAAUGUAUAAAAAUUGUGUUUGUAUAUAUAAUAAAUAGUCUAUCUAACA